AUGGUGGGAUCCACAAAUGUGGCACAAGCGGUACAAGAAGCAACUUUUUCGGAUCCGUCACGAAAUGUCUUUGUCAACAUUACGUUCGAUUGUAAACAUCUGUUUAAAAACAGUGAAUUUGGGACAGGCAAUUUUGUCUUUUUGUUCUACGCCCUCGGCUUAGCCGCGAGGACUAUGGGUAAUGUCUUGAUUCAAUGCAAUGAUGCACUUGAUCAGGCCAAGCAAUUCUUUCUUCCCGUGACGGGAAUUUAUCCUCAUACCAUACACACAUUGCCUCUGAGCUCACGCAUGUGUGGGAUGUACACGAAGCUUCCUGUUGGACACAAGGCUCCAGAAAUGCAACAUGAAUUCCGUAAAAUGGCCACUGCCUUGCUUGGAAUUCCUUACCCUGGUCACCCCGCCGAAGCUUGGGCAAAGAAGUACUUGUGGGCAACCAGUCAUACCUACAUGGGGCGAGACAGUGUCAUGCAAAUGCCCAACCCACAGAAGGGAGAAAAUCCGCUUUAUCCAAAUGUGGAGUUAUAUGAUGCCAUAUUGCACUUUCGUUGUGGUUACUACAUGGCAACAGAUAGUGAAUCAGUGGGAUUUAUGAAGUUCCAUAGCUUUUCUCGACCUUUGCAUGCCAGUGUCAAGUCGAUUGGCAUUGCAACCAACCCAUUUGGGUCAACCUCACAGUCAAGUAUCCUUGAUAGUGACUCUGUGGCAGUCAUCCGGUGCAAGAAGGUCAUCUUUGGCAAAUUCCCCAAAGCCAGAAUUACAAUUCACAAUGAUGCCAAUGAUUCCUUGGCUCUGACGUUGGCUCGAAUGGUCAUGGCAAAGCACUUUGGACACAGCUACGUUAAAAAGCCGGACCAUGAACUGGCGGCCAAUACGUGGAUGAUGGGAGAUGAAGAAACACCUUCUGUGGAGGAAAUGUUCCCAAAUUUACACAUGGUUGAUGAACCCAACAUAUUGUCGUUGGUGGUCCAAAAACUAUGGGAGAAGGAUGAUGGAGACACUGUGUUGAAAUGGUUCCAACAAUAUGAUAUGGAUGUCCCCGCUGUGGAAUAA